AAUAUAAUAAUUUUUAUUUUAUAAUUUGCAAAAAGAAUUUGAUAAUUUAGCAAACACUUAAAAGAAAGAUACCUUAUUUGGAACUUCAAGUGUGUGCGAUGAAUAAUUAAUACACGCCAAAGUUACAGUGAGCGAGUUAUAAAGAUUUAUCGACUAAGCCGUAAUUCACUUUCGAUACGGAGAUAAGCAUGCGGGAGAUUAAUGAAUCUCAGCGAUACUGGAUGCAGUCUGAGUGCAACACUUGACGGAAAACGAGGAUUUUGUGCAUAAUGCUGCUGCGAUUUGUGUUUUCAGGCAGAAUGCGAUAUCCACUACCUUGUAUGCUCGUAUUUUUGUACAAUAUUUCCAUAGGAUUUUCCAUGAUCGAUGUAACAAAACAUCCUAGCUGGUCGUUGCUGAAACAAGGUAGUUGUGGUAAUUCAAACAGCGAUCGCAUUAUCGGCGGUAAGAAUGCGAGUCUCGGUGCAUAUCCUUGGAUCGCGAGAAUAGGAUACAACAGACUUGGUGACGAUGAGUUAAGCUAUAGAUGUGGUGGUUCGUUGAUCAACAAACGUUAUAUAGUUACAGCUGCCCAUUGCGUGACGGAUCUGCCUGAAAAUUUUAAGGUUGGUGGAAUUCGUUUGGGUGAGCACAAUACUCUGACUGAUCCUGAUUGCGAGCAAGGAUAUUGCGCGGAGUCAGUACAAGAUUUUCUACCCGAAUCCAUAAUCGUCCAUAAGGAUUACAACAAUCCGAGGUACAAGAAUGAUAUAGCCAUGAUACGAUUGAACAAGCCAGUACUUUAUAACGAGCAUGUGAGGCCCAUUUGCAUGAUGAGCGGUGAACUGCUCAAAAAGAACUUCGUCGGCGAGAUUGCGGAAGUCGCUGGUUGGGGAAUUUAUGAUAUUAAUGACCCGAAGCCCAGCACGAUCCUGCAGACAGUCAAACUGCCGAUAGUCGAGAUGGACAAGUGCGUGAUAGCUUUCAAGAGUUACGCCGACGUUUCGGGGAAUCAGCAGAUGUGCGUGGGCGGGAUUCCGGGCCAGGAUUCCUGCGGUGGUGACAGCGGCGGGCCCUUGAUGAAAGUGGAGAGUUUGAAUGGACCUCCUAGAUAUCAUUUGAUCGGCAUCGUUUCCUUCGGCGCCAAAUCCUGCGGCGCUUCUACAACGCCUGCUAUCUACAGCAAUGUCGCCAUGUACAUUACAUGGAUUCUCGACCAAAUGCAUCCGUGAAGACACCAAGACAUUCAGAUCGAAGUAAAAUUAUUAAAGAUCUAUUCUUCUUGAGUUGAACUUCUUGCACCGUUUUUAUAUAUAUAUAUUUUUCUCUCUACGUUAGAGAAAAAAAAACAGGAAAGGUGAACGGUGCAAAGCUGAAGAGAACAAUUUAUAAUCUACUUUACUGGGGAGACUUUUAUUAUAUCGGAAUGUCGACGAGAUUUCGCGUUUAAAAUAGCUCUAUUUGGAAAGCGUAUUUUUUUUAUUUGGAAUAUAGCUUAUAUUUAUAAAUUUUAUUCAAUUUAUAAUUAAUAAGCUUGACAUUAAUAUCCUAAAUUAUAUAAAAAACAAUCUAUAAUAUGCACAUAAAAUACACUAUUAGUAUAGAUAAUUUAUAAUUGGAAGGGAACCGUUCUAAAAAUAAAGAUAUUU